AUUACAUUAUUAAGGAUAGGAGGAGCGCGGAGCAGCAGCACAAAGCACAGCCACUUAACCAGCCAUGGAGAUGAGGACGGCGGAUUUUGUGUUUGUGUACCGCUCUGAACACAACCUGAAACAGAAUGUACACGAGUUCAUCAGAAUUGUUAAAGAAGACGCCGAUCUAGAAGUCGAAGAAGAAGAAAUGCCAGAUAAGGGGGACGUGUUGGUAAAAAUAUAUGCGCCUUUCCUCCAACUGAGCAAGACGGCAGAAAUUCUGAAACUGAAAAUGCCGCUACAGACCGCUUCAGAACCGCUAUCCGUGGCUGAGGAGAUCAUGACGUCAGAAAGUGGAGAAUGCCUGGACUGGAAUCUCUUGAUGAAGCGCUGGCAGGGUCUGGUCAGGAACUUUGAGAGUGAACCCCAGUGCGAGGAUGUGAGCGCAACCUACACCCAUAACGAAGGCCUCUUCGAGAACAUUGAAGAGGAGGAGUCCUUCUUCCGGCCUGCUUUGAGAUCUCUACUGACGUACCACAUUCUUACCAACAUUGAUGUAAGCAAGGAAAGAGGUGCAAAGCGCCAGAAAGGCUUGCUGUACCUGCAAAUGAAGGGAGCCAUCAAGACAUCCUUCACACUGCAUGAUCCGAGCGUGUAUUUUAAAAAGAACACUCAAAGCCAGAAUGGGUUCACAUUGCUAAGUGACAAUGACAGCUUCAUAUCAAACAGGGACGAUAUAGCUUUACUCAACAGAACGUGGGCCAAACCCUACUUGAAGCUGCAGCCCCUCUCCAGAAUCAGGAAUUAUUUUGGAGAGAAGAUAGCUCUGUACUUCGCCUUCGUUGAGACGCUGCAGUUAUCCUUGAUCAUUCCUGCACUUAUUGGGUUUUGCAUUUUCGUAUACGGCCUUCAUUUAAGCAUAGUCUGUCAUCGUUCCACCAAUGAACAUCUGAUGGGACACAACAUUCAGACCCUGUGCCGGUCGCCUCAAAUGCUCAGCAUCGAAGUGAACAAAACUUUAGACAGCAUCAGGGGGAAGUGCCACAACCUGGAGUGGAGGAGGAGGAUGCUUGUGAACACCAUUAACCAGACCUGCUUGAUAGGAGGCAGCUACAUACCAGUGCAGGUGAACUUUGAUGACUUCUCCACCAUAAUAAAGUCCUCUUUGGACAAUGAUGCCACUCCGGUUUUUGCUUUAAUUGUUUGUCUCUGGGGAACAAUUUUCCUCGAGCUGUGGAAAAGAAAAACGGCGACUCUUGCACACAAGUGGAAAGUAAAGGAUUACGAAAGCAACGAGCCGGAUCGAACUGAAUUUGUGGGAAGCAAAAUUAAAAAGGACUUGGUCACUGGAGCAGAGAUGAUGUACUACCCCACCAAGCUCCGCUACAUGAAGAUAUUUGUAUCGUUUUCUGUUCUUCUGCUUCUGGUUGGCCUGGUUCUGGUCAGUGUAUUCGCGGUGGUCGUUUACAAGACCGUGACAAGGAUCUGGGUGCAGACUAAGAAUCCAGUGGAGAGCUACGUGCUGUCCUCAGUGGUCAGCGCGUUUCUGAACAUGCUGUCCAUCAUGAUCCUGGGACAGAUUUAUCAAAGAAUUGCUGUAAAAAUGACUGAAUGGGAAAACUACAGAACCCAAACUGCUUACAAUGAUGCCCUGAUUAAAAAGCUGUUUGCUUUUCAGUUUGCAAACAGCUAUGCUUCGCUGUUUUAUAUAGCGUUCCUCAGAGGGAGCAAUCGUCAGGUUUUUAGAAAUGUGGGUCUGGAGGGGCUGGAGGAUGACUGCGGCAUGCUGAACAACUGCAUCUCCGAGCUCAGCAUUCAGCUCCUUGUUGUAAUGCUGCUCAAGCCGCUGCCAAAGUUCUGCAAAGACGUGGUUUACCCGUUUGUGAAGAGGUUCGUAGACAAGACUUGCCUCACCAGAGACCAGGAUGACCCAGAAACCACACCUCUGAUGACUCGCUUUAUUCUACAUGAAAAACGGAAACCAGACCUCGGCAAUUUCACGCUGGAAGAGUACAAUGAGAAAGUCAUACAGUACGGGUACCAGAUGCUCUUCGCAGCGUGCUUUCCUCUGGGGCCUCUGCUUUUCUUCAUCACUCUCUGGGUUGAUAAAUGGAUCGAUGCCAAGCGCCUGCUGUGGAUGUACCAACGGCCUGUUGCCUGGAUAGCGCAAGACAUAGGUCCCUGGUACACUAUACUGGAAUUAAUCAAUGCAGUAGCAGUGUUGACCAACGCCUGUCUCAUUGCUUUCAGCGCGCAGUACGGUAGAGAGAGACCUUUGGUUGAACAACUAAUAAUCUUAAUCGUUUUUGAGCAUAUUGUUUUUGUGGUGAAGUUCAUUGUAGCAAACAUUAUCCCAGACCUGCCCCAGAAAGUGAAACUGGCCAUCAAACAGGAAAGUUAUAAAGUUGAGAAGGAGAAAGCCAAAAAGAAGAAAACAACAUGACAGCCAGCGGGCACAUGCUAGUAAGGGGGAUUCAGUUGUUCUGGAAGCAAACACAGCCACUAACAGAACAAGCUACAAGACAUGUCUGAUUUGUCCCUUGGAGCAGAUUGCAGGCAUUAAUACACAGGAGCAGACAGUGCAAACCUACAUUUUAAUCAUGUUGGAAUUUACAAGGUUUAUUUUCCUAUGUCAGAUUCCCCUCCAAAAUCAAACGACUGUUAAGAAAUAACGUAUGCAAUUAAUCAGAAUAUGUUAUGCAAUUAUCCGGGACUGCACUCCGCAUUAUCAUAAUAAAUGCACUUCAUAAUGUUAUGCAGUUAACAUUCACAAUAUCUGGUGUGCAUCUUAAUGAACACACUGCUCAUGUAAUACAUGUAAAAUACUUGUGGUAGGCACUUUUGAUACAGUUUCUCAGGGACCACUGUAGUUUGUGCAUUAUUAUAUACAGAAGCACCUGCUAACCGAGCGCCAGCUGUCAGCUCUCUAAGUCUGUCCGAUCUGCUGUCUUACCUAUUGUGACUGAAAAUGACUUGCAGCACUAAAGAAGCAGCUUUUAUACAGAAUGUAAGGGGCAAACUAAACCAGAGAUGAAAGUGUGUGCUACAGCUGGCGGGUGUUUCUAAUUUAUUGUCCAACAUCCAAUGAUUAUAUAAUCAUGCAAAACAUCCAACAAUCCUCUUAAAUCUGGGCUUUUUUGCUGUUGUGCUCCUCGUUUGUAGAACUCUGUUCCUCUUGACGUUAGGCAGGUUGAAACAUUGGAUUCUUUCCAAGUCUAAAUUGAAAACAUAUAUUUUUUGAAUGUGCUUUUAUAUAACUGCUUGUAGCUGGAGUGUGUUGUACACAUGAGCUCUCGUGUUUUGUUUUUAACUUUGUACAGCGCUCUGGGAUGCCUUGGCGUGAAGGGUGCUGUAUACAAAUACAUUUCUAUUGUAUUGUACAGGCACGUUUCCUAGGCUUAUUAUAAAGUGCUACUCCAUAAACAAUGGCUGCUGCUCAGUGUCGUUGUUGCAUGGAGCACCUCUGAUGGGCGUUGAUGUAUUGACGUAGGUUCUGGAAAUUACAAUAGUGAGGGUACAGCUAGCUGUAAACUUAUCCAACUUGUGCUACUUACUGCCUGUUAUUGGAAAAAAGCCAUACUAGAGAGAUGAGAAAACUGUGUUUUCUGGGCUAAUCGUUAUUUUUACCGGAAUUGGCCAGAGAAUGAUUGCCCUCAGUUUGGGAUUUUAGUAAUCCAACACUAGGUUUUGUACACAUUUGGUGUAAACACAAAGGUCACUGCAGCUGAAUGUUUUGUUACGAACACAUUCUCUUUAUAUGAAGUUUGCACUUUGUUAAUAUAAUGAUAAUAUUAAUAAUAAUAAUAAUAAUAAUAAUAAUAAUAAAAGCUUUGUGAAAAGCCUGCUCUCCCUUUAUGUGUCUUUAUGAUUGUCAGUCUGGUAAUUGCUGUUUGUCAAAGGGCUGGUUUCACAGACCUUGAUCAGCACUAAUAUCAGACUAGUUUGUCGAAGGUCAAUUUUAAGGUCGUGCAAGACCUCUAAUUGCAGGCUUCAAAGCUCUUUAUAAGGCCUUUUUUUUUGUUCACGAAUGACAUUUCUGGAAGACUAAAUAUUUACGUAGUUAGUAAUAUGCCCUAUGGUAAAACAAUAUAUAUAAUUAGCAUCUGUUUCUGUAUAGCUUUGCACUUGAAACUUGUCAGGGCACCCCUGCUGUGUUCUGUGGGGCAAACAGCAUUCAUCUGAGCUGAGAUUGGAUAAUACCCUUGUGAAAGGGGCAGCGCUGUCAAUGUUCUCUUCACAUCUUUGGUUUACUGUCCUCCACUGCUGGUCGAGUUCAAAAUCCUGGAAACUUCACUGAUCCUUCAUUAGAAAGAUAAUCACCUCAGAAAUCAUAAAACAAGUAGCUAAAAAGAGGAGUAGCUUGGCCUGUGUUUAUUGUAUGAAUAAUUGACCCCUGUAUUAUUUUGUAACAAGAAUUUGAAACAGGAUAAACCUUACCGAAUUUCAGUAUUUGUAUUCAUUGAAUAUUAACACACACACACAUAUAUAUAUAUAUAUAUA